AUUACAAAGCCAGGGAGGCCAUCGAGCCCCUGAUCGGUGACUUCCCUCCCUCCCGCCCCCCUUAAUUCAUUUUUGCCUGCGAUUUCUUCCCAGCUAGCCAGAGGCUGCUCUAGGUGCCCAAGGUGCACCCGCCCGCCCCCCGCGCGCGCACCCAACCCACUCACACGCCCGUUCCCGGCUCGCACGCGUGGCGGCAAGAAGCUGGCAAACUUCACGCGUCCUGCCCUGGCGUGAUGGGAGCUCUUGCGCGAGAGAGAGGUCGGGGUCGUCUCCUGCUUCGGAUUCGGAGGCAAGCUCCGGAGCCUGCUGCGGAUUAACGGGAUAAAAGAGAGCGAGCAAGAGGAGAAGGGAGAGGAGCCGAGCGGGGAAAGCCGCAAUGCCUGUUGCUUGGAAGGGGAUCGUGGCGGAUUCGGUCGGCUCCCCCCGCGGCUCGCCUUUCCCGCUUCCCCCCUCGGGCUGCGGGGUUCCGGAGGGCAGCUACGGCCAGCGGCGGGAGGCGAGCGGCGGAAGGUGAGCCGGAUCCCAGCCCUCCACACCCCCCCCCCGGGUUAGAAGCGGGAGGAAGGCGAGCGCGGGAAGCGGGGCGGGAGAGCUCAGCCAUGGCUCCUCCGGCGAGAAGGGCGAAGCGGGAGCGAGAUCCGGAGACCCGCGCGGAGGAGGAGGAGGAGGAGCGGAGUUGCAGGGAGAGAUGGUGUGCUGCAACUUUGCCUGCAUCGUGGAAAGUUGUCUCUGGUUUCAUUCCCCCCCUUCCCUUCCCAUGCAAAAUCUUUAUAUAUUCAUUUUUUUAAGAGAGAAGGCAAACGUGCACCAUGUGCAUGCUUACUCAGAAGUAAACCCCGUUGUGUGCAGCGGGGCUUACUCCCAGGCAAAAGUGUGUGCGGUUAAGAUUGCAGCCUUGCAGAAGCCUGGUUACACCUCUUCCGCUUCAGCGUUCGUGCGGGAGAGAGGCACGGGGAUUGCAAAUUUAAAACGGGCUUGCAAAUUCGGUUGCAAAGGUCUUUUCCAAACCGAAAGCCUGGGGGGUGAUAAUAAAAAUAAUAGCUGGGUUUUCAGAAGGGGCGGGGAAGGGGUGUGUGUGGUGGCCCCGCCACCCCCCGGCUCCCAGGUAAGGCGGUCGGUUGCAUUGCCCAAGGUGCAUGGUUAGACAUGCAUCCGACAGCUCACUUUAUUUUGGCUCCCAGGCACGACGCAGAAUCCUGCUCUGUACUCGGCUGAAGCUUGGUUCUCCCAUUCUGCCUGGGUGGGUUGUGCAUGUGUGUGUACGUGUAUAUGCGCGUGAGUGUGUAAGAGAGAGAGGAAGAAAUGAAAGACCCUUUGCUUUAGGUAUGAAGCCGCUGAUUUGGUGCCCUCUCGUGGCUCUCCGUUUCAUACCAUUAUAUCGUGUAUACAGUAUCUGUAUAUAAAACCAUGGAAAAUAUAUAUUAAAAAAGCAAGAGGUUGCAAUUCCUUAAGCACAAGUUUUAAAAGGUGAGGAAAUAAGGACGUUGGUCCUGGGGGAGAAACUUAGCCUGCGUGUAAAAACCACUGGGAUCAUCUUGAAUGUAAAUCUAUGCAGCAACUGGAUCUAGACAAUGCCAUUUUUCAUGGUGGAUUUUAGUACUUGAAACCUCUCUGCAUCCUUUUCAAGAAUAAUUUUGGAAAUGGCAUUUUUCAUGCUUCUGUAAGUUUCAGUUCCACUUAACAAACAAAGAAUGAAUUAGUUUCCUAGCUGGUUUCUUAGUACGUAUAUCUUACUUCAGAUCUUACAGUAGUAGAUAUUUCCUCUGGCUCUGCAUCAAGAUCCCCCCCCCCUCUCUCACACACACUUUCUUUAAAAAUCAAGGAAACAGCAGGAAAUGAGCAACCCCGAAAUUAUUGCUAAAUUCCUCCUGGGAAAAAAAUGUGGUUUUUAUCUGCCUUCAGAGCUUGAUUGCAGCUUAGUAUGAUAGAUUUUGUACAAUCACAUGGUGCAACUCUGAUUCAAAUUUUGGCCACGCUCAUCUGCCAAAAAAAUAAAAUAAAAAAUUACCUCUUCACUGUUAAUGUGCUACUUUGCAAGGAUGGGCCUUCACAGGUUGCAUAUAGCCAUAUAAGAUAGUAUUAUUCUAGGUUUGCUUUGAAAGCACACAUGCAAACAGACCUCUUUCUCCCUUUUCUGGAAAAUGAAUAGGACUUUACGGCUGCUGAUUAUGCCUGUCUUUAAGAGAGUGUGUGGUGGCAGCAGCCACAGCAGCAAACAGAAAAAAGGGGUGUGUGGCAAGACUGUUCCGUUCUGGAGAACCAAAAUGUACAGUUAAGGUGUCGUCUGAAGUUAGGGUUUUCCUUUAAUUUUAAAAAAUGGCAGAGGCGUGCAAUCUGCAGUGGUAAGAUGCCUGUAAAUACUGGUGUGCCCUGGGGGAAUAAAGGCAUUCCUUAGACGGGCUUUUGGGACUGCAUACCUUCGCUGGGAAAAUAACAUGCAUGUCACAAUUCCUGUAUGAUGCUUGUAGAGGUGGCUCAAGUUAUUUUGCUGCCUGAGGCAAAGGACAAGAUGGCUUCCUCCCGUUCCAAGUUCAGAAAAUGGUUCGGCUGGUUGUUGAAUCUUGCUUCAGCACUGGCCAUGGGGUAGUCUGGGGUUCAUGACUGGCCUGGUUGGCAGCACACACAGAACCCAAAGGAAGCUGAAGAUUCAGGGCUAGGCAAAAUUAAAGUGCUUCUUCCCACAGCGCAGGAGAGUUCUGUUGCGUUCAAGUCUUGAUUGCGGGCUUUCCAUAGGCAUCUGUUUGGCCACUGUGAGAAGAGAGUGCUGAACUAGAUGGGCCUUUGGUCUGAUUCAGCAGGGCUCCCAAGAAGAGGAGGGCUCCAGCGUGCAGAGGAGCAACAAAGGGGAGGGGUGGGGCCUGAUACUGCUGCCCACCAGCAGCUGCCGCCUGAGGCAGCUACCUCACUCUGCCUAAUGGCACGGCCAACCUUGCAGGUACAAUGUGUUUAUUUGUGUGUGUUUACACCAUAUACAAAGGGCACUCCAUGGUGACCUUAGGCAUCCUAUUAUUUAAGGCUACAUCUACACCGUAUAGCAGAGGGUCUUCCGCAAAGAAUCCCGGGAACUGUAGUUGACCCCUCACAGAGCUACGAUUCCCAACACCCUUGAAAGGCUACAGUUUCCAGGAUUAUGUGUGAGGCAGCCGUGUGCUUUAAACACAUGGUGUAGAUAUAACCUAAGUUACCCGGUGCUCAUUCAGUAGUCAAAGCUGCCAUCCUACACCAGCUUUACCUGGGAGUAAGCCCCAUUUAAUUCAAUGGGACUUAGCUCCUAAGUACACAUACAUAAGGUUGUGCUGUAAUUAACUUCCAAGAUGGAAGUUCUGAACUUUUCAGUACAGUUAAUUAUUUGUUUGUUCAUUCUAAACAUAUGUUUGUCCAUUAAUUUAAGGCGAUGACUCUCAAGAGUGACAACUCACAACAGUCUGGAGCAAAGACUGAGAUCAUGCAGAAUAGUAAAACCCGACUAAAGUGAUUUUUUUAGAACAACAGAUGCACUGCUAGAAACCAUCAAGAUUGAAGUAAUCUUGGAGUUGUGUUAGGAAGUCUGGCUGAAUGCACAAUUAUUUACCUGUUGUCAAAAGGAUAUCAAAUUUGGCACCAGGUAAGCCUGCCUGGCAGAGAGAUUCCAUGUGUGCAGUUGCCCCAGUGGAGAAGGCCUUCUAGUUCAGGGCCGGCCCUAUUGCUAGGCAGAGGAAGGCAGCAGAACCUGGGGGGCAGGGAACAGUAGCAAGGCUUUGUGGGCUGAGGCCUAUGCGUGCUACAUGGCCAUAUCCCAGUGCCAUUAGCUGGCCUGCUGCCCUCAGGGGCAAUGGACGACACUGUUCUGCUAGCAUUGAAGUACAAUGUGACCUCUGACUCAUCACAAGCCAUCGGAUGAGGAGGUUCCUUACAAGCCUUCGCUUGCUAUUGUGAGAAUGGGCUGAUCCCAUGCCACUCUAGAGUCCCAAUUUAAGCAGGACACCCCGGAAUUACAGAAGACCACCUUGGCUUCUGUACUGGAUCCCAGAAUGUCCAGGGUUUUUUUUGGUUUGGCUCUCUGGUGCAAGUCGGCUGGCUCGCACCAAAGCACUGUACCGAAAAAACGAACAAACAAUUGCUCAAGAGAGCUCAGGACGGGGGGGAAAGGAGCGUCCUGAUUUUGAUCAGUGGGAUGUUGAUCUGAAACCUUGCCUACAAGUCUUGCCUGCAGGUAUAGGCAAGGCUGUAUAUCUGGAGACUGGUACCAUUUCCUAGACAGAAACCCACCUUAAUGGCUGAGGCUGCAUCCUUGUGACUUCAUUCCUCGUUCUGUUCCAAAGCAGUGCAACUCAGUACUUUUGAAUCUUUAAUUGGCCGAUCUGUUGCCAGCAGGGCUUUCCCAACCCUCUUCUCUCUCUUAGGGAAAGCAACUCGUCAUUUGCAGAGCCUGGAAACACUCAGUGAAUCCCUUUCACCAUUUAAUGGGAUUGCCUUCCUGGCAAAAGACCCAUUUGCUUGAAAGGGAGGGAAAGACCCAAACAUCUUUGCUUGGCUUGUUUCAUGGAAAUCCGGACCAAAUUACCUUCAUAAAACACACAGGCUCAAGACCUUUUAUAGCUCCUCAGAGCUGGAGGACCGUUUUCAGAAAACCCACCAGGCAUAAUUGGCUUUUUGAAAUAGGCAGAAGCCCUAUUGAUCCUAGAUUUGGAAAGACUAGCCUUCCACUGAUAGCAGAGUUUUGAUCACAGCAAGAACGGCAUGUUCUAUUUGGAGAGAGAGAAAUUGUUUCCUAAGUAUAAUAAUUUUCUUCCUUUCCCUCUUUUUUUUUUUUUUUUUUAAAAAAGAGCAACCCCACAUACUUUUAACCUCCAUGAAUGCAAAAUACAGCACAGAAAUAUCUGAGACAAUGCCUGUCAAAGCCUUGGAAAGGUUACAACAUCUAGGGGUUCUUUAAUUUAGAGCAAUGUUUCCCAAACUUGGGUCUCCAGCUGGUUUUUGGACUACAACUCCCAUCACCCCUAGCUAGCAAGACCAGUGGUCAGGGGUGAUGGGAAUUGUAGUCCGAAAACAGCUGGAGACCCAAGUUUGGGAAACAAUGCUUUUAGAGAAAAGGGAGAUAAGAGGCGCUAUGAUAAGAGUAAAAUUAUGUGGAGAAAAUGGACAGAGACAAGUUUUUCUCCCUCAUAGUGCUAGAACUUAGGGCCACCCAAUGAAGCUGAAUGCUGGAAGACAAAAGAAAAUACUUCUUUUUCACACAGUGCAAACUAUGGCAUUCCCUCCCACAAAAGGUAGUAACAGCCACCAGUUUAGAUGGCUUUAAAAGAUCAGACAAAUUCAUGGAGGAGACGGCUGCCAAUGGCUAUUAGCCAUCACAGACCAAGUUCUCCAGAACUUUUCUUCAGGUUGCUUAUUAAGCAAAACAGUGCGUGGGGUGGGGUGGAUACAUGGAGAGAAAGUAAAAUGUAGGCAUGGUGUUGGAAGCCCAAAAUAUGUAGCUUAUAACAAUCUUAAAGUGGAGUGCAGGAGGUGCUAGGCAGAUUUGCAGUGCGAUACCAUUCCACCUUGAGGCCACCUUAGCCAUGCUGUUGACACUGCAGUCCAAACCUGCAGGUGACUUCUCCUGGCCGUCUCAUGUAGCUGUAGAACAUCAAGCCACUCUGGAAGCCCACAGGCCAAUGGCCAUAGCGUGGAACAAACAUUCACCAACACCGUCUUCUGGGAGUGGCCACCCAUGAAGAACCUUAAUUACUAUAAUAAAGUACCUUUUAACCCUAAUCCCGACCUAGAAUAAGGUUACCAGAUUUUUUUCAAUGAAUCCGGGGACACUUUUCAACUUCAAUGGAUUUUGUAUGGGGACUGAUUUGUAAAUCUGGGGACUGUCCCCAGGAAACGGGGACAUCUGGUAACCUUAGAGAUACUAUGGUCAAUGGUACUGAGAGCUACAGAGAAAUCCGAGAGGUCUAACUGCCUUGAUACAUUCUCCGGCAUAUGCCAUCCACCAGGGUAGUCAAGGGACAGAACACAGACUGGAAAGGACCCAAGCCAUCAGUAUCAUCCCAAACUCCUUGAAAGUUGAGAGGCUUCAUAGUUGUCCAUGGUCAAAUGGCUUCUUGGUCAAAUUUGACUUCUCUACGACUGGGCUCACUACUGCCCCCUUGAGGCAGACAGGAACAACUCCCUUGAUGUGGAGCAUUGUAUACAUUAAGGGAGGGUGCAAGCUUGCUGUCCAGCUGCAACUUGGCUGCUGUACCCAUUCUGAAGCACUUCCAUUUGGGUCCCGGUAGUUAUGUGAGAUGAGUAUGGAAGCAGCUCCACAUCAGCUAUCCCUUGCGACGUUUCCACCCUGAGCAUGGUGCCAAGCCAUUGCAUAAUCAUUGCAGGGUGAAAGCUGAUGUUGACAUGUGGGCACAAAAGGGCUUAUCUGAUGCCAGCAUGUCUGAAGCCUCCUAGUAGGUUUCCUUUCUCGGCUAGUCCCCUCCUCCCCGACGUCUUUCCCUUCCCAGUUGCAGUCUAUUUUUAAAUGACAACACUGGGUGGAGAACAUUAUUGCAGAACUUCGCGUGGGUGACCUCAGCUUGCUGACACCACGUGGGCACACUGCUGGCGGCUGACACUGGCACGCUUUUGUAGUGACUUGGCUGGCACCAAAGGACAUUGAGUUCAGGGUGCUGUUUGCCUGUGACCUACGGGGUCAGCACCAGCCCACACAUGAGGCAAGGUGAGGCAGCUGCCUCAGGCAGGAGGAUCCACAGGGGCAGCAGAUCUGGCCUCUGAGGAACACAUUGCCUGCUGCUGCUGCCACCGCCACGGUAACAGCAAUAGCUGUGGCACACUCCUUGGAAGCCAGACCUGCCACCUGGAUGCCCAUAUUUUAACUGGAGAAAUGUUGGAGGGUAUGGAAUAGGAUGUCCCUAUUUGCAUCGGAGAAAUGUUGAAGGGUAUGCACCUCCUCAGUAGCUCUCCCGAUGCUGCCUCUACGGCUGCCUCUUGACAAAAAGAGGUCUCCUGGUCUCCUCCCACCCUUGUUCCCAAUAUAGUCUGCCUCAGUGCCAGUCCUGCCUAUGGCCUUCUAUCUGAGAGGUGGCUAGAAAUGAUUUGCCCCCAAUUUCUCAUAGCCGAAAGGAGCAGGCAGCUCUUCCAUUGAGCGGGCAAUCUCAGGUCAUCUGCUGGGAUUAGAAGGGGUUCCUUGUAGAUAUUAUUGUGGACAUUCCCAUUUCUCCUAGCAGUGGGAAUGUCCAGCAGUGCUGACCAGGUUUGGUUCCCUUUAGGAGGCAGUCACUGUAGGCUUCUUGGGGCUUUGUAAUGCAGUCGUACCUUGGAAGUUGAAUGGAAUCCAUUCCGGAAGUCCAUUUGACUUCCAAAUUGUUCAGAAACCAAGGCGCGGGUUCCGAUUGGCUGCAGGAAGGUUCUGCAGGAAGCCAAUCGGAACCCGUGCUGGACGUUCAGGUUCCAAAGAAGGUCCGCAAACCAGAACACUCACUUCCAGGUUUAUGGUGUUUGGGAGCCAAAAGGUUCGACUCGCAAGGCAUUUGGGAUCCAAGGUACGACUGUAUUUCAUUUUAUAUACAUGCCUGCAGAUGUAGGUGGAGGCCAUGCCAAACACGGUCAAAGUAUGUGGCUCCCACAGCAGGUUUCCACAGAGAUGCAGCCACUAUCCCCAAAUGCUGUUAGCUAACAGCAGGGGAAAAAGGAACACAGGUGGUUCUGUGGUCUAAACCACAGAGCCUGGGGCUUGCCGAUCGGAAGGUCGGCAGUUCGAAUCCCUGCGAUGGGGUGAGCUCCUGUUGUUUGGUCCCAGCUCCUGCCAACCUAGCAGUUCAAAAGCACGUCAAGUGCAAGUAGAUAAAUAGGUACCACUUCGGCGGGAAGGUAAAACGGAGUUUCCGUGUGCUGCUCUGGUUUGCCAGAAGCGGCUUAGUCAUGCUGUCCACGUGACCUGGAAGCUGUCUGCGGACAAACACUGGCUCCCUCGGCCUAUAGAGCGAGAUGAGCGAGCAACCCCAGAGUUGUCCGCGACUGGACCUAACGGUCAGGGGUACCUUUACCUUUUAACAGCAGGGGAAGAUCUUGGUAAGGCCUUGUGCAAGGUCAAAAUUUGAUAUGGCCUAGCCCUUGCACCGCUAAGCGAGCUGCCAGGCUUUGGGAAGGAGGCACCCUGUGCGGAGGAACUGGUUGCAGUGCCCCAAAUCUGCCUCUGCUCACAGAGCCCAAACUCAGCUCUAUAUUUCUUUCCCCUCUUUAGUCUCACUCAGACGGCAGUCUUUCUUUACACUCCUGGAUUACAUUUUAAUCCUAUUUGGGAAGGGGAAGUCUGACCCGUUCUCUAAUUGGUUUUUCAUAUACAGAACCAUCCAGAGUGGCACUAUAUCAGGAAGCAGUUGUCUGACUGUUAGUUCUUAUGGAGACGCAUUAAAAUGCAGCUUCCCUUAAUAGAAGGAGACGUCUGUCUGUCUGGAGCCUGGCCAGCAGAUCUGACUAGCUUUAGGUAGUCCUCCUGGCCCUGCCGAGACCCCCAGUCUCACAGCAAUGUUGUCGUGCUCGCCUUAGCUGGCUGGUGAGACGUUUUGGGGACAAAGCAAUCACCUGGGUUCACCAGUUACCUCCAGCAAAAGGUUACAGGGAGUUUAUGGUAUUUGUAGUAUUUGCAUUUCCUUACAAAUAGACAGGUCAGACACAGGUAGAGGUAUAGCUUUAAUUCUCCAAAGUUCACUGCGCUCACCUCAGGGCCACCAGGGGAACAGCCUGUAACCCAACAUGCUUUCUGAGGCAACUCAACUUUCAAUGUACGUUGUGUGUACGUAGCCCCUGUCUGUCUACCAUUCUCUGAAAAACAGAAUGCGGCAGCUAGACUGGUGACUGGGAACGGCCGCCAAGACCACAUAACACCGGUCCUCAAAGAUCUACAUUGGCUUCCUGUACAUUUCCGAGCACAAUUCAAAGUGUUGGUGCUGACCUUUAAAGCCCUAAACGGCCUUGGCCCAGUAUAUCUGAAGGAGCGUCUCCACCAUCGUUCAGCCUAAACACUGAGGUCCAGCUCCGAAGGCCUUCUGGUAGUUCCCUCACUGCGAGAAGUGAGGCUACAGGGAACCAGGCAGAGGGCCUUCUCGGUAGUGGCGUCCGCCCUGUGGAACGCCCUCCCACCAGACGUCGAGGAAAUAAACAACUAUUGGACUUUUAGAAGAUGUCUGAAGGCAGGCCAGUUUAGGGAAGUUUUUAAUGUUUGAUGUUUCAUUGUGUUUUUAAUAUUCUGUUGGGAGCCGCCUAGAGUGGCUGGGGAAGCCCAGCCAGAUGAGUGGGGUAUAAAUAAAUUAUUGUUGUUGUUAUCAUUAUUAUUAUUAUUAUUUCUGACACAGACACCUUGAUGAUCUCUUGCCCAGCUGAGGGAGUGGGAAGAUAUCCUCUCUUCUCCAAAACAGCUUUCUCCUUCCAGGACUGCUUCUGGUCAUUUUCUAGUUAUCGUGGGCAGCUCUGUACUGGAUUUUUUUUUUAAAUAACACAAUUGCUGCUCAUGGGGCACAUUGUAUAAAGUACCACCCUUUAAGCCCAUUGUUUAUAACACAACUCCGUGGUCCACGCCACUGUUGUGCUUAUGCUUCUUAUAAGUUCAGGUGUGACCCAGUUUAAAUGUAACACCUAGACACAUGAGACUUCAGACAAGUUUUGUUUUUUUAAAACCCCAGCAUGAACAGUGCCACAUUGAAAUUGGACCUGAGAACUUGGCACACCCCUGACAUUUUAAAAAAAAGAAAUGCAAGGAUCUUAAUCACAAAAGGAAGUUCAAGUAGCAAUGAAUUGUGCCUAUGUGUGCUUUUUUUUUUUAAAAAAAAGGAAAAGAUGUUUAUUGAACACAAGUGUAUUUGAAUGCAAGUCUCUUGCAAGAUCAGGGAGGCUAAAUUCCACACCAGAGUGUCAGAUUCCACCACUUAGCAGAUGACAAGCAGUGCCCUCUCUGUUGAUGAUCCAGAAACAGUGGCUCAGAUGACUAGGUGAGGAAAUGAGAAAGUGACACAAGCCGGCAAUUGAUGCGCCGGAGCAGGGAGUGCUCUAAAGAUCUCUGGCCUCAAUAUGGCGGACUUCCUAUUCAGUUCUGUGCCCAGUUUAAAGUGCUGGCCUUUAAAGCCCUAAAUGGUGUGGGACCAGACUUCCGGGUCAGCGCCAUUGGUGAAUGGCGGAGUUCCUCCAACCGGAGGAACGGGCUCCGUGGAAACUGGGUCUUCCCGCCACGGCGAAGGUGGGGACCCGCUAGAAAUCCCAGGCGGAGGAAGCCUGGGAACGUGGGGUUCGGCAGGGCACCAGAAGCGCCCCCCUACUCGCGGGGAAUCCCAUCUAGGGGCUCCGGAGCGAAGUGGGGUGAGAAGCGCGGUGCUACGAACUGACUGCUACUUUCACGGAGUGAAGCCGCACAGCCAUUGCCAGAGAGCGCUGACUUUUUCCUGUGGACAAUUGGAUUUAAAACAAGUACCCGUGAGUAGAAACGGAAAAUUGGAUCAAGAAAUUGUUUAAUUUGGUAUCGAAGCGGGAAGGUGCAAACAGGAAGUCCGCCUUCCGCUUUUUUGUAUAUAGACUAAAGCAAAAAUUUUGCAAGCUAAAGCCGGGAGCUGUCAAAAAAGACUAAAGUUCAUUCAGAAUUACUGAAACCCCCCUUGGAAGCAGGAGAAAAGGGGGGGGACUCUGUUUAACCCUGGCAGGAGAGGGAGUGAAGAAGGAUAAGUUUCCACCGUCUCUAACCUGGGAACGGGGUGUCAGAGACAGAAACUGUUGGAGAGGUUCAUUGACUGUGAACGUAAUAUUUUGACAGAUAGCUAAUGAAGAGAAACAAGUUGAUUCUAAUGUUGCCUUUUGCAUUUUAAAGAAACAAAAUAUCUGAAAAACAUCUGAAAUAUCUGAAAAAUGAAAGUAACUUUCCUUUGUCUUAAAAAAAAAAAAUGGAUACAAAUAGUUUGUCUCCUCUAGAGGGAGCUUGCUAAAUUGUUGCUGUAGGAUAUUUGAGACCCAACAUCUGUGAGAUUAAGACUGUGGGAACAGUCAUUUCUGACCUUGAACAAAGAUGAGCUGGGAGGGAGACUGGGUGCUUGCUCUAUGCAAGACAAAUGCUUUGCUGAAACAGAUGCAUGAGAAGAUGGACUUGAUGAAUGAGAAAAUGGAUUUGACUGUUGUGGUUGAUAACUGUGGACAAACAGGGAACAUUGAUACAGAAAUCAGUCAGGAACCAACCUAUGAAUUUGUACUGACUGGGCAAGUGCAGAUGACAAUGGAGGAGGAUGCGGCUGCACCUCAAAUAGUACAAAUGGAGAGACCCGAGGCCCUACAGGAGCAUAAGCCGUUGUUAUUGAAGAUUGAAAUUGGAGUGGGCCAAGGGGAGUCUGGAGAUGAGGAGAUUCCUAGCUUUGGAGAGAUCUUGAAAUUUGAUUUUAAAUACAUUUUGGAUUAUAUCGAGGACUGUGGGGAGUGGGACUGUGGGGAAUGGGCGAGCUGGAUGAAGGGUGAUGGAGACAAUUUUGGGUUGGAAUUCCCAGAGAACUACUCCUCAAUGAGAAAGGAAAGAAACUAAGACAGAGACCAACAAAAGACAAGGAAAAGGGCAAGCACAAACAAGAUGAAGAAGAAUUGCAGAAGGGACAUGGAAGAGACUUAAGGGCCUCGGACAUAAGACUUCCAGGUUGAUGGACUAGAUGGAAUGGACAGUAAGGACUGACACGACCCGAGACCAGGAAGAAGAGACGCUGGAUGAUGAUUGAAAGAGAAUUUAUAAUGGAAAUUUUGUAUUUUAGAAUCAGCUUAAUGAAUAUUAGGGAAAAUGUGGGAAUGAAACUAUACGACUCUAGCAGAAAUGUUAUCAGGAGCUAUGUAUAUUUGAAAACUAAGAUUUAAGUCUUAAGGUACAUAGGGGUAAGAUAAGGUUAAAUAAAUUAAGAUAAUUUGAAUAACAGAAUAUGGGGAAAGAUGGAAAGGAUUUGUUGAGUUAAUUAUUAGGUUAAAUUGUUAAGAUAAAUUUUAUAACAAAAAUUGAGAAAGAUGGAAAGAAUUUGCUGAAAUAAUUAUCAAACUAGAAUACAAAAAGGGAGGUGUGAGGAGGUCAAUGAAACAAGCAAAUGGAAAUUAUGGAUAUGCAAUUUGGGAUUUGUGUUUUUUUUCCUCCUUUUUUUUCCUUCUUCUUUAUUUUCUUUUGCUGCAUUGUCGUAUAUUUUGUGCUUUUCUCUUUUAUUUAUUUAACUUUUUUUCUUUUUUUGUAUUGUAGUGUUGUUGUUUUUUAUUUUUUAUUUUUCUUGUAAUCCUGAAAUUAUCAAUAAAUAUUAUUUAAAAAAAUAAAAAUAAAUGGUGUGGGACCCUGCGGGAACACCUCCCCUCCCAGCCUGCCCGUGCCUUGAGAUCUUCAGCAGAAGCUGUCCUCUAAUUUCACCUUUGAAGGUGGCCAUGUGUCCUACCUCUCAGAAGACAAUACUCUGUUUGAAGGGGCAGUCAGAGGAGAGUCCUCUAUUUACCCUUCUGAGGUAAAAUGAUGCACGUUGGGGGCAAAAAAGUACUUCACACCAUGCGUAGUUAAGCGUGGAAUUUGCUCCCACCGAAGGCAGUGGUGGUCAUCAAGUGUGAUGGAGGACAAGGCUCUCCAAUGGCUGCUAGACACGAUAGCUAUGCUCUUCCUCCCUGGCUGGAGGCAGUGUGUUGCUGGAAACCACAGGGCAGGAGAGUGUUCUUGCACUCAGGUUCCUGUUUGUGGGCUUCCCACAGGCAUUUGGUUGGUCACCGAGAGAACAAGAUGCAGCACUAGGUGGUUCAUUGUUCUGGCCCAGCAGUCUCUUGCCAUGUCCUAUGAGAACUGCAGUUCAGUGAAGGUGCUCUGGUAGCUUCAGAUCUUUAGCCUUGCUUCCAGAAUUGUAGCUCUCAGGUUUCCUUCAGGACUGGUAUUGACUAUGAUAUCUUGUCUUCAGCGGAGAUACACCCGUGUGUGUGUGUGUGUGUGUGUGUGUGUGUAAACACUUUAUUGAAAAAUAAGAAUAUUGAAUAUUUCAAAAAUAUUGAAAAAUUGUAUUUUUUUGUGUAUAAGACUAGGGUUUUUUUUAAAACCAAAAAAUAAGGUUUAAAAUUGGGGCUCGUCUUAUACACGGGUAGUGCUGAGGGGUGUUUUCUUAAUUUGGAGUCCCCCAAAAGAGGACUUAUAUAUGGGGGCGUCUUAUACACAGAAAAAUACGGUAUAUAAUUAUAAGAUCACUGGGUAAAAUAAGACUUGAGAAGAAGAAAAAUAAAAUGACACCCAUGUAAAAAACCAAAACAAAAAACCUUAUAAACAUCGCAUGAUUAUUAUUGCAGUUCACCCAAUCUUAACCUUUAUACAGUGUUGAUAAAAACGAAUUCCAAAUACCGUUAGACUACAGCUCCCAUCAUCUCUGACCAUGGGCCAUGCUGGCUGGGGCUGAUGGGAGUUGGAGUCCAGCAGGGGUUUGGACUAGAUGACCCCUGGGGUCUCUUCCAACUCUACAAUUCUGUGAAUAUCUGGAGGGCCACAGCUUGCUCAUUUGGGGCAAACUCUGCCGUUUUCAUAUACUGUAACGCUGGUGGGCACCCAUGUCAAAAAACCCAGGACUACAUGUAGUUGUACCUUGGAUCCCAAACGCCUUGGUACUCGGACGUUUUGGCUCCCGAAUGUCGCAAACCCAGAAGUGAGUGUUCCGGUUUGCGAACGUUCUUUGGAAGCCUAACGUCCAACGAGGCUUCUGUGGCUUCUGAUUGGCUGCAGGAUCUUCCUGCAGCCAAUCAGAAGCUGUGUUUGGGUUUCCAAAUGUUUUAGAAGUCGAACGGACUUCCAGAACGGAUUCCGUUCGACUUCCAAGGUACGACUGUACUUUGUUUUGGUGGUGGUGGUGUUUCAUUGUGAUGACGAAACGUUGCCUCAGCUCCAGUGUUGCCCUUGCUCUGUCUUUUCAGUUAGUGAUCCCCGAGCCGCAGCCUCGGAGGCUCCCCCAGAGGCAAAGGACGCCCACCAAGCGACUGAUGACCGAGCGGCUUCACCGUGGCUCCCCAGAUGCCCCGCCAUGCCUUUUUUGGACUGGCUCCUCUACCACUCGGUUGCCAUGUGGCUGCUCCUCCAGAGUUUUGUCCUGAUAGCCUUUUGCUUCCACUCCGCCACCACCUUCCCCAAGGGCUGCUACCCUUCUACCGAGGACGGCUUCAAAACCUUCCGCUGCAGCAAGGCCCAGCUCACCGUUAUCCCGAGGGAUAUCCCCAACGACACCAACAAAUUGUACCUGGAUUACAACCACAUUUCUUUCCUGCCUAACGACGCCUUUCAGAACCUGCCCCUUCUGGUGGAACUCGACUUGUCGCACAACGCCAUCAGCCGCGUGGAGGUCGGGGCCUUCCGGGGAUUGUCAGAAAGCCUGCACGCUCUGGACCUGUCCUCAAACAAGCUGGUGUCUGUCAACAAGGAUGUCUUCAGUGCGCUGAAAGCCAAAGCCAACCUCUCCAGCAACCCUUGGCUUUGCGACUGCACCCUCCAGCAGCUCGUCGAGAGGGUGGAGCUGGUGGCCGGCACCUCCGACGGGAUCAUCUGCGAUGCCUCAGCCCGGAAGGAGCACAUCGGCAAGCCCUUUCUGCAAUUGGUGGGGGACAUAGACUUUUGCAACAUCUACAAGAAGACCACAGACAUCGCCAUGCUGGUCACCAUGUUCGGCUGGUUCGCCAUGGUGAUCUCGUACUUGAUCUACUACGUCCGGCAGAACCAAGAAGACGCCCGCCGGCACCUAGAAUAUCUCAAGUCCUUGCCCAGCAAGCAGAAGAAGUCGGAAGAGUCGUCUACGAUUAGCACUGUGGUGUGACCAAAAACGAAACCCUCCCUCUGCCCCGCAUCCUCAAGAAAAUCGUAAGCAGAUAAAAGAGAUUCUACAUCUCCUUCAUGUGGAUCGUGUCCACUAGAUGCUGGAAUGCACAAUGGCUGAAGAGACUGUUACUAAGCAAACAAAACGACUUGGGGAGGCAGGGCCUUGCUUAUACAGAAGGCCUCCCUUAAGAGUUUCUUUUUGAGCAAUGAGCAACAAAAAUCAUGUCAAGGUUGAAUUACUUGGCACACUUCAAGGCAGGGGUUAGUGCCAGGUUGAAUCAACUACUUCUCAGCCCUGCCGUAGAGACUCCAUCAUACACACACUUUGCAAAAAAACCACCCACCUCUUUCUCUCAUGAUCUUGAGUACCAAAAACCUGGAGAACUGCAUCCUGGGAUAUAUUCCCAUCAUGCAAUGCUCCAGAAGGAUUGGGAGUGAGACUUAGGCGAAGCUCAGUGCUGUAGGUGUGCUGUUAAGAUCCUGCGCACGUUUGCCCAGAAGUAAGUGCCACUGGGCUCAGUGCUGUUUACUCCUCAGUAAGUGUGUGCCCAACUUUAGAGGGUAUUUCAAGGCCUGAAGUACGAAAGCCCCCCCCCCCAAGCUCUGAACAAUAUACAGUAAUUACCAAGUGCUGGGAGGCGUUUUGCGCCUGUUAUUAAUGUGCAAGAUUAGAGAGGAAGAAACAAAUUGCAGCAUCCCCUUAAUGCUGAAUGUUCUCUUUGGAUGCACAUUAAUAGCACCACCAGUUCCCCUGUCAGAUGCUUCUUAUUGGGAUUCCCCCCACCCCCUUUAAUCAUUUUCUUCUUUGCAGGAAUCCAUUAAAACAUUCAGCAUGGAGUGGGGGCGGGGGGAAGAAUCAAUGUUUUGAACUUUUAAGCCAUUCUCUCACAGUUCUUGCUGCUGUUAAGAUUAUUUCUCUGGCCUGCCGGGAGAUGGAAAAAUCUUAACUAGCUCAAGUCAUGCAAUUCGGGGGUGGGGGCAGGAAUCGUACCCACACUGACUCUCAAGGAACACAAAGAAAACAUGCACAAUUAACGCCCUCGAUCCAGGAGAUGGCAGACCAGCAGAAGGCCGUGAAGGCAAAGACACUGUUUAGCUCUCCAAGCUAAGCUGAUUUUUUUGCAGGGGCCUCUGAGGAGUAGCAUAUGGCUCACCUUGCCGGGUGAUGCCUGUCGUCCACCUGUCCAUCUCCCUCCUGUCGACUCUGCAGCAGCCUUUUCCUCACCUGCCAUGUGAUAGAUUCACAUCCAGGGAAACCUAUUUCUACUGCAUCCACUGGAUUGAGGGGUAGUUGUGUUUACCCGUUUUCUCUUAUAACUAGUGGCUGCAUCAUCGCUAUAGUCAUCUAGGACUCCAAAAAAUUCCCAUGAUUCACAAGAGGUUCUGCCAUUUUGAUAAAAUAAUUUUAAAAAACGCACACCAAACAGAAUAAUUCCUAACUGGGAAUCAUCAACAAGUAGCUGAGAAUAUUUAUUUUGGCACCUAUAGGCAAAAUGCCACAUUACCAAGAAAUGUAUACUGUCUUAUCAGCACCCCCACCCAAAAAAACAGGGAACAUUGCAAUUUUCGUUUUGCUAAGUUUUAUGUACUUAAGAAUAAUAAUCUUAAAAACCCGAACGCAUAUCAUCGCUGGUUUUCCAAACGGAUCAACUUUUUUAUAUGUGCUGUAGCAAUAGCUGGAUAUCCAUUUUGCUGGAAUGCUUCACGUUGAGCCAUGGCAGUUAUCAGAAUGAAAAUGCAUAUGGACUUAUGGAUCAAUAGCAUAAAUACUUGGAUCAGUAGUAAGGCACGAGAUAAUAGAAGACACAUCUGUAGACUAGAAUCACGGGGUCAUGUUCUUUGAGACUUUUUUUUCCUUUCAAAAAACGAAAAUAGUUUUAGGCUCAAAUUUGACAAGAAUUGACCUGGGCUCCAAAGGUUUAUUGUACUGUUACCUUUCCAUUUCUCAGAACCAGAACUAUGAACCCGGGAAAACAAAAGGGGGUGGGGGCGGGGGCGGGGAACAGUUCACAUGUCGCCCUUUUGUUAUUUCUUCACUCACAGAAGUUGCCUGCUUGUUGUGAACAACAGUGAUAAGAACGGAGCACAUGCUUUUUUUCCAGCUCCACUCGUGGAACUCAAUAGUUUUAUUUAUUUUGUCCAAGAGCCUUAUAACCUGCCCUUCCUCCAGUCUGGAAGCUCAGGGCAACUAACAGCCAAUGAAUUAAACCAUCGUACAAAAUUAUGCCCGGGAUUCUAUAGCGAGUGUCAUUGAAAUGUGGCUUUGUUCAUCGUUUUGCUGGUACGCUAAACCUGCCAGCUCUUUAACUCCUUGUUUCCAUCAAGACCUCAGAUCUCAGCUGCGUCAUCCUCCAUGGUCUGUGGAGGUCUGAAAUAAUACCUUUACAGGGAGCGGAGAUCCGCCAGUUCCCAUAUGGGGAGGACCGCUCCUGUGAGUGAAGAGAGCAUCAAAAGGGGAUUGCCUGCACUGGCCCCCGUCGAUCGCGCAGGGCCAGUGGAAAGCAUCAUCCGAUCUGAUGUCUCCUGCUAGCCAAUACUGCAUCACCUUUUAUACAACACCAAUGUGCCACAUCAAAGGGUUGUUUUGUCUGGACUUUUCCAAACGCUGGAAGAAGUAAAUGAAGGAGGACCUUUGGGAGGUAUGCUGGGCUUGGGAGAGUUAUUUCUACUCGCUCCAAACCUCGAGGGUGUUGAAAGAGCUGUGGGCAAGGGGGCACAUCUGCGGCGCACCACUCCAGCCUGCAGAUGUGACCUGGAUAUCCACCUGUAUUCCUCAUGUGCCUACCUGGUUCCUGCUUGGGAGGGAAUGACGCCCUGCCAGGUUUCUAGACCAUACGAUAACUCUGCUCUGGCCCAAGCGCGGGCAAGAGAUAGAGAUCACAUCCACCUGCCAUUCUCUCAAGUGCCCUUUAUUGAGAGACAUCCUCCUCCAGAGCUUUUCAGCCUGGUGUUCCAGGGCAGGCCUUUCUGUGUGUGUGGGGGGGGACAUUUAUUAUUAUUUUUUUGCAAGUCCCACCUAUUUUGUAGCAAAAUGCUCCCCUUGUUCUUCAAGAGGUCCCUCCUUCCGUUUCCUUUACCAAUAAAAGCCGAAACGCCUUCUUUUAUCAAGAGAGAGAACGCACUGCAAUAGCCUACCAUCAGACUUAAAAGGGGCAGCUGGUCACCGAAUAUUUCUCGGCGGAGGACCCAGAAGUCAACUGACCUUCCACUGUGACCGUGCAUUGAGGGAGCCCAAGAGGUGAGGAGGAAGACUCUAAUGCGCUCUCUCUCUCUUUCUCUGUUGAUCAGCAGCCUUAUACCUUGACCUCUUCAAACUCAGUACCUCUUCUCUACAUUCCCAGUAUGCAGUAGGACCCCCCUCCAUCGCAGCGUUGGCAGCCGGCCGGAGCUGCCAUUGGGAAAACCAAAGCAGCCGUGGAAAAAGCUUACACACAUGCGCACAAAGAAGAGAGGGGGAGAAAAGGAAGGAAGAAAUACUUUGGUAAUAAGUAAAACCUUUCCUGGUUGUUUUGUUUUGCCCCCCCCCCUCCAAAUGUUAUUUAUUUCAGUUUUUCCCCAUGAAAAAAGGCAAAUAAACAAAAAUUCAACAGGC